AUGUUCCGUCGCAUAGGCGCCGCGGCAGCUUCAAACGCUCGAGCCUAUCAACGGGCCCUUCAAAUGACAAAUGCCAGGACGAGAACAUUAUUAUUGGGCGGCUCGAGCGCGACGUUUGCCAUCUCUUUCUUCGCCGCCAAAGAAGCUCCUCAGGCCCCGGAAGUGAAGGUUCCAUCAUAUGAGAAAAACUACGACCGGAUCAUUGCCGAGGCCGACGCGCUCUACGACGGCUACCUCAUUGACAAUGCGUAUUCGAUUUUGAGGAAAUGCGCAUCAUCGCGGAAUCCAGAAUUAUUGUGGCGACUUGGGAGGGUCCUUUGUGAGAAAGCGAAGCUUACAAAAGAUUCGAAUGAGAAGAAAACGCUUAUGUACGAAGCGUUUGCCAUCCUCGAAAAAGCGCUGGAAAACGAGGAAAAGCCGUCGUUCGGGGCUCACAAAUGGUACGCGAUUCUGCUCGAUUACAUCGGCGAGCUCGAGGGCAACAAAUCGAGGAUCGAGAAGUCUUAUAAGGUUCGAGAUCACCUCGAGAAGGCCUUGAAUAUCAACCAAUUCGACGCAACGACGUGGUAUAUUUUGGGCAUGUGGCAUUUUGCGUUUGCCGACAUGCCCGGCUACACGCGCAUGAUUGCCAAGACGAUUUUCGGCACCCCGCCCAGCUCAACGUACGAGGAGGCGCUACGUCACUUUGAGAAGGCCGAACUCAUACAGCCGAAUUUCUACAGCAAGAACACGUUCGCCAUCGCCGAGGUCUACGAGCGGCUGGGAAAUAAAGAAAAGGCCGUCGAGUACUACAAGCGCGCCUUCAAAAUGGCGGUGAUCAGCGCCGACGACCGAGACGUGCAUACGAAGGCCCACUCCAAGCUCGGCAAGUUCGGCAUCAAGGACUCGCAACUCGUC